AAUUGUGCAAGUACAAUUGUGAUUUUUAACGCAUUCCAGGGUUGUGUUACUAAUGCUAGUUUAAUUUUUGCAUCGCAGCAAGAAGGCAAUUUUGUGGUGACAGGUUUUAAUGUUUCAGUAUUUGUUGCAGUGCACUAGAUUAAUACGGCAAAAAUCUACGUAGUUUUAUACUGCCGCUGCCAUCGGCCAUAAUUAAGGUUAUACAGCAGAAAUAGCCUGUCACUGGUCAGGUCAGGCUCCUGGUGGUGCACUUUCUUCCAUUCAUGGUAGCUCAUCAGUCAUAAUCAUCAUGUUGGGAGAAAAAAAUUCGAGAGUGAUUUCGCGCGACUGUGGGAGGAUGCCUCGAACUUCACUCCGGAAAAUCAAUUUCGUUCCUAUGUGGACCAGAUCGACAAGGCCAUCCUGGGUACAUCGUGGAUUCCUCCAGAAAGCUCGCCGAUUCCUCUCAGCGUGGAGAGUUCGUCCAUUAACGAUCUGGGAAUGCCAAUGUCGCCCAAGGCUUCCGACAAAAAUAUUAUGCAUUCGCCAAUAAUUCCUGGUCUGGAUCUGGCUGAAGGCCUUCCCAAUCGAUUGCAAAGCAGUGCCUUAAAAUCAAGUUUUCAGUUGGAUUACGCUAACUCAGAGUAUCCAGUAGAAAGGAGAAACAUAAAGCGCCUGCUGAGGGAAUAUGACCACUUGAAGCAACAUGUGCGCGAACUGGAUGACAAAGUUAAAUUAUUGCAAAAGGACAAAACCUUUCUGAUUGGACGAAACACCUUUCUGGAGAGUGCUAAUAAGGAACUGAGCGGAAAAUUGUCAGCGGCAGAAAAUCAGAUUGUUGUGUUAAAUCGUGAUCGAGAAACUCUGUUCCGAAAUGCUGAAAUUAUACACGAAAAGGAUCGGAAGCACUAUUUGCAUUCCUUCCAAAAGGUUUUGAAGGACGUCGACAGCGAAAAAAUGAAGGAUCUCAAUAAAGCUGUGCGGAAACAGAUACAGAAUUACGAAUCUCAGAUUCACGAUCUUCGCGCUUCUUUAACGGAAGUUUCGACGGAACGCUCUGCUCUGAAGUCGGAACUGGAUAAAGCGUCUGAGCGUCUGGGAACGCUACAAUUAGAGAAGGUAACUUCUCAGUCGGAAAUAUCGCAACACUACUUGGAAACCAGAUUACGGCUUGCAGCAAAAGCCCAAGAAUGCGAUGAACUGCAACAGAAAUACACCAAAAUAGAAAAUGAUCUCAUCCGGGUAGAGCAGGAGCGUCGUUACGUUACUGAAAAAUAUCAGCUGUUCUCCAAUGAAAGCGAAAAGAAUAAAAAUGGAUUUGAAACCGAAAUCCGCAGACUUACCACAAUGUUAAGAGAAAAAGACGUGCGACUGGAUGCCAUGACGAGGAAUGCUAUGCAAGAAAGAGCUGAGCUGUCCUUUAAAACCGAUCGGGAAUUGGCUAAUAAGCAGAAGACAAUCGACAACCUUUCGCGUACGCUAUCUGAUCUCCGCGCAGCUCUGCAGGAAAAAACAUCUUCUCUGUUAGAUGUUGACAAAAAGGUCGAAGAUAAAGUCAGCCAGCAAGUGUCCGAACUAAGUCGAGUUGUGCGGGACCAAAAUUACGAACUUGCUCAAUCUGCGGCCACAAUUCAAUCGUUAAAAGAGCAGCUGCGAACGGAACAGGAAGUCUUGAAGCGCGUACGCAGAACCCGUGACGAGUUGUUUGUCAUACUACAGAAUGAUCCCGAUGCCAAGGAAAUUCUCGCUGCGGAAGUUCUCGAAGAUGGGCUGGUUAUUGUUGAUUCGAAAUCGGAAAUGCAACUGAACAGCACAUGAUAGGAAAUCUCAUAAUUUGCUAUGGAAAAGAGCUUUGUCGGACGGGGUACUGUGAUAAAUGAUGGCUCGCACUUUGAAGAAGUUUCCUGUUAUUGUGUGUCCACUCAAAGAAUCCGUCUAGUCAUGACCUUAACGGUUUAGUCAUGAUGUUUAGUCAUGUGAAUGUCACAAAACGCGGAACUGUGAUCAGCAGAGCAUAUUGCAAAAUGUAUGGUGCUUUGAAAAUGCUUGUACAUGGACGUUUGAUUAAUACUUAAAGUAGUAGUUUCUACUGACAUUUCUCUGUGAUAUUGAUUCCUGUAUAAGAACCCACUCAGUGCGUAAAUGUUUCGAAUAGGCUGGUUGUUGACAGCAAAAAAACCAACAUCUUCAAUCUUUGAAGGAACAUCCUCCUGAUUUAGCUUAUAGAGUUGUCAUAUUUUGC